AUGAUGCUCUUUGGUGUCUUCAUGUCCUAUAAGGCAUGGGGUCUUUACACCAACUGUGAAUCUCCUUUGGUUGUCGUCCUGAGUGAAAGUAUGGAACCAGCAUUUGCAAGAGGCGAUAUCUUAUUCUUAAGCAAUCCCAAGAAACCUAUUGAGAUUGGAGAGAUCUGUGUUUUCAAGAUUCCUGGACGCGAUAUUCCUAUUGUUCACCGCGUCAUCGAUCGCCAUGAUUCGUCGAGUACUGGAAGCCAGCUACUUCUGACCAAGGGAGACAACAAUAAUGUGGAUGAUCGUGGUCUUUACCAGGAAUUGCACUCAAACAGAGGAAAGAUGUGGAUUGAACCCAAAGACAUUGUUGGUCGUGUACAAGGAUUCUUGCCAUACCUUGGCAUGUUCACCAUCUUCAUGACAGACUAUCCAAUGCUUAAAUACGCGCUCUUAGGCGCAGUUGGCGUCAUUGUCUUCCUAUACGAGUAA